AGACACCCCCUACCCGCUGCCCUGCAUCAGGGAGAAGCUGAGUGCAUGACGCUGAUGAGCCCUCAUACAGUCGAAGGCAGUACAGUAAAGCGACCAGGAAGGCUCUCCUCUCAGCUCCUUUCCCUGGCUGGAACCGAGCGUAUUUUUUGCACUAGAAAGAGACCAUCUGUGUCGGUAUGACUUAGGUGCUACUCUGUGACUCCACCCAAAUAAUGUUGUGAAAUACGCAAGCACUUCGCAAACUUGAAUGCGAGCUGGCAGGCACCCAAACGCACGCGCGCACAGACACACACACACACACUUUCUGCAGCAGUGUGCAGCCUACGGGACGCUAGCCUCUCUUCCGCGCAGCGCAGACAGUUUUACGCGGUUUGAGAGGGGUGAAGAAAUGGUCGACGCAAAAGGUCGGCUGUCUGGAGUGGACUGACUCGGAUAUUCCCAAUAUUCCCGCUUCCAAUACGUUGGAUACACGGUCCUCUGCAGGGUAAUAACGCGGAGCUGACCGGUUAUCACAAAGUGAUUACCAAGAGCUGGGAUGCCUUGUCUCUCCAAAGAAUGUGUGUGUUGGAAUUCUGCUGAGCCCAGCAGCAGCCAGACCGAGGCUGCCUCGCUACCCGCCCCCAUUGGAUGAGUACGACAUUCCCAUAGAGGGGGGGACGGGGAAGCAUUUCAUGCAGCCUCUGAACUGUCCCUAACCCGUCACCUUUGACCCCUCAGGGGUGAAGCCCUGUCGCCCCACCUCAAGCCGCCACCAUGCCGAUCAUCAGCAAUGCCAACCAUGACUUCAGCAACCUGUCGCUUAGCGACGACAGCAGCCUGGACCACAUCUUCACCGAGAUCCCCGAGACGGAGACCAUCAGGGCGGAAGUACUACAAAGCCAUAAGAAGUCCGCCCGGCCCGAGGACCUGCUGUCGGUGGACCCGGCCGUGCAGGCGGUCAUCAACGUGGGCGGCAACCGCUACACCUUCCCCUGGAGCACGCUGGAGCAGUUCCCUCUGACGCGGCUGGGCCGCCUGCGCCCGUCCAGCAGCCCCGAGGAGAUCGCGGGCGUCUGCGACGACUACGACGAGGCGCGCCGCGAGUUCUUCUUCGACCGCAGCCCGUCGGCGUUCCGCGUCAUCCUCAACUUCCUGGCGGCAGGCAAGCUGCGUCUCCUGCGCGAGAUGUGCGUGCUCUCGCUGCACGAGGAGCUCACCUACUGGGGCGUGGAGAUGGCCUACAUGGAGCGCUGCUGCAAGCGCAAGCUCUUCACGCGCAUGGAGGAGGUGGCCGAGAUGGAGCGCCGCGAGGAGGAGGGGAGGCAGUGGGCCACACAGCAGCGACCCCCGGUGGCCGAGACGCGCUACCGCAAGAUGAUGGCGAGUCUGCGGGAUAUGGUGGAGAACCCGCAGUCGGGGCUGCCGGGGAAGAUCUUCGCCUGCCUGUCCGUCAUCAUGGUGGCCAUCACCGUCAUCAGCCUUUGCAUCAGCACCAUGCCCGACCUGAGAGAGGAAGAGAACAGGGGCGAGUGCUCGCAGAAGUGUAAGCACAUGUUCAUUGUGGAGACGGUGUGUGUGGCCUGGUUUUCGCUGGAGUUCGUCCUGCGCUUCAUCCAGGCGCGCAGCAAGCUGGAGUUCCUCCGCGGGCCGCUCAACAUCAUCGACGCCAUGGCCAUCCUGCCCUACUACGUGUCCCUGAUCGUGGACGAGGAGGACCCGUCGCUGGCCGAGCACGACCGCCCAGGGGGCGGCCGGGGCUACCUGGACAAGCUGGGCCUGGUGCUGCGCAUCCUGCGCGCGCUGCGGAUCCUCUACGUGAUGCGACUGGCUCGCCACUCACUGGGCCUGCAGACGCUGGGCCUGACUGUGCGGCGUAGCACGCGGGAGUUCGGCCUGCUGCUCCUCUUCCUGUGCGUGGCCGUCACGCUUUUCUCGCCGCUGGUGCACCUGGCCGAGAGCGAGCUGACCACCACGGGCGCGCAGGACUUCAGCAGCAUCCCCGCCUCCUACUGGUGGGCCAUCAUCUCCAUGACGACGGUGGGCUACGGCGACAUGGUGCCGCGCUCCAUCCCCGGCCAGGUGGUGGCGCUCAGCAGCAUCCUGAGCGGCAUCCUCAUCAUGGCCUUCCCCGCCACCUCCAUCUUCCACAUGUUCUCGCGCUCCUACCAGGAGCUCAAGGCCGAGCACGACCGCAUGCUGAAGGAGGAGAUGGCCGCCGCCGCCGCCAACUCCUCAGGGGACGACUUCGACGGGGAGGGAGGAGGUGGGGGGUGUCCUGACUACCCCCCACCAGGGCUGUCCGCCACCCCGGAGACCAACACCCCCGGCUCCCUGGAGGACAUCUCGCUGCUGGGGAAUGGAGCGGAGCGCUCGGGGAGCCACCGGAACGAUCUCCCGGCCAGCGCCUUCUGAGCCACACUCCACACUCGAGGUCGGGUGGAGGUUGCGGGACUCAGACAUUAAAGAGACUGGACACACACACACACACAAACACACACACACAGACAGACAGACAGACAGACAGACACACAGACAGACAGACAGACAGACAGACACACACACACACACACACACAGACAGACAGACAGACAGAGACACACACACACACACACACACACACACACUUGAUCCCCAGAGGAUGUGGGACAGAUGGACCCCCUCCCAUCUCCACCUCACCUGCACAGUCCAAGUCUUCCACUCUUCUCUUCCACAGAGAUCAAAGAGAGAGAAUCAAAGAGUUCUCCGCCCGUCCAUUUACUCAAGGACACUGGACUGAAAGGCAAAGGAAUAAGCAAUAAUUUAACGGCCGACCGCGUUUUUUGUGAGACGCAAAAGACAAGAGAUUGAAGAGAAUGAACUCCCUUUAAGGAGUUGUGACACCAAACAACUUCCAAUUCUCACCUUUGCAUUGAACUUAGGGAUGCUGUCACUGGAUAUAUGAGAUGCUCACACACAUACCCUCUUCUCCCCAUUGGCUGUUAACUUUGCUAACAGGUUAUGAACCAGUUAACAGACCUCAUCUGACCUGACACGGUUUCCUUGAUUGCUCUUCCUAAACCCCCUUGCUCUAAUACGUUACGCCCCAGACAGAGAGGUCACGGCACGACUGCAGCCUUCUUCAUCCUCUCUAUCUGAGAUGGGAACACAUUUAAUUGAGUGAACUUUGCGAAACCCUAAAGAAGGAAAAAAAAUAA